GAUUACCUGUCUUUAAUUGAUGAUUUGAACCUUUUUGCACCGUCAGUUGUUACAUUUUUGAAAUGUGAUGCUUGAAUCUCUAGAUCUUAGAUCAAGAAAUUUUUAGUGCAUAUUAUCAUUAGUAUCUGGUAAUUUCUUAUUAAAUAUCGCAUUUUAUUCAAUAAUUAACCAUUAAAAUGAGCAUUUCCGAACAGAAACCAAAAGCCCAAAAAUCUGAAUUAUGUUUGGCUUUAUUCAGGCAGUCCCUAAAAUCUAUAGAUAUGGAUCAUGAUGGGACACAUUUUGAUAUAAAUAGGCCCCAUGUGUUUGUAAUCCUAGGAGCAUCGGGUGACUUGGCCCGUAAAAAAAUUUACCCCACAAUUUGGUGGUUGUACAGAGAUAACUUGCUUCCACCAAACACAGUUUUUUAUGGGUAUGCAAGAAGUAAGACAACUGUAGAGGAAAUUAAAAUUAAAUGUGAACAGUAUAUGAAUGUAAAGCCUGAAGAACGGGAACGUUAUGACCAAUUUUGGGAGUUAAAUCGUUAUAUUUCUGGACAAUACAAUUCUAGAACAGAUUUUGAAAAGCUAAACCAGGAGUUAACUUGUUUCGAAAAGGGUGCAGUUGCAAACAGACUAUUUUAUUUAGCUCUACCUCCUUCUGUUUUUGAGGAAAUUACUGUGCAUAUUAGAAAUUCUUGUAUGGCCGUUAAAGGUUGGACAAGAAUUAUUAUUGAGAAACCAUUUGGGCGUGACUUAAACACAUCUCAAAAAUUAUCUGAUCAUCUAGCAUCCUUGUUCGCUGAGCAUCAAAUUUACCGUAUCGAUCACUAUUUGGGCAAAGAGAUGGUACAAAAUCUAAUGACACUUAGAUUCGGCAAUCGCAUUUUCAACCCUUCAUGGAACCGGGACAACAUUGCGUCUAUACAAAUUAGCUUUAAGGAACCCUUUGGCACUCAAGGGCGGGGUGGAUAUUUCGAUGAAUUCGGGAUUAUACGUGAUAUUAUGCAAAACCAUUUGCUGCAAAUUCUAACACUUGUUGCGAUGGAGAAACCUGCUACUUGCCAACCAGAUGAUAUUAGAGAUGAGAAAGUAAAAGUCCUGAAAAGCAUUAAGGUGCUGGAAUUAAAAGAUGUUGUUUUGGGACAAUACGUUGGCAAUACUGAGGGAGAGGGUGAAGCUAAACUAGGAUACCUUGACGAUCCGACUGUACCCGAAGGGUCAGUUACUCCAACGUAUGCUUUGGCUGUGUUAAAAAUAAAUAAUGAGAGAUGGGAUGGAGUUCCAUUUAUUGUUAAAUGUGGAAAAGCUCUAAAUGAUCGUAAGGCUGAAGUUAGGAUCCAGUUCAAAGAUGUUCCGGGAGAUAUUUUUGACGGAAAACCAAAACGUAAUGAGUUGGUCAUUCGCGUGCAGCCUGGGGAAGCUCUCUAUGUAAAACUAAUGGUUAAAACUCCUGGCAUGGCGUUUGACAUGGAAGAAACUGAACUUGAUUUGACAUAUGGUAGUCGCUAUGCUGGUGUUAAAUUACCAGACGCUUACGAACGGCUUAUUCUGGAUGUGUUCUGCGGCUCCCAAAUGCACUUUGUGCGUUCGGAUGAGUUGAGCGAGGCUUGGAGAAUCUUUACUCCAUUGCUGCACAGGAUCGAGACAGAAAAAGUCAAACCUAUCUCGUACAAGUAUGGUAGUAGGGGUCCAAAGGAAGCCGAUGAAAUGUUAGUAAAGAAUAACUUCACUUAUACAGGGUCUUACAAGUGGAAACCAAAAAUGUAAAAAUCGGUUCAAUACUCUUCAUACAUUCCUGUUUGAUUUGUUGUAAAUUUUAUUUACAUUUUUGUUUGGUUAAGGAACUUUCGGCAAUAAAACAUUUGUUCUAAAAA